GUGCGUGCGAUGAAAGUGGCGAGCGAAGUAGACAUUACCAAUGUGAGGAAAACAUUUUGGGAUUGUAAAUGCCUUAUUAUUAUAGGUUGAUAAGGAGGUUCUGGUUCCAUUUCGCUAAGUCAGCCUCGGAAUAAUGUGGGUAAAACCACAAGAAGUUCUUCUUGCAAAUGCGUUAUGGGUAACCGAACAGGCAAAUCUAUAUUUCCUUCUUCAAAGGAGAAAAGGGCAUGGAAAAUCUAAAGGACUGUCGUCAAUACUUGUUGGUACACUGGAUAGUGUCUUCGACACUAAGCCACCACCAUACAGGAUUCUGCACCAGACACCAACUUCCGAAGUAUAUUACCUGAUUGCAUGCUCUCUGACACAUGUGGAAAUUGAGAAGGAUUGGGAGUGGCUGCAGCGUAACCUGUCCAGCACACUGAGUUCAUUUGAUAAUGAAGAUGAUGUUACUGAAUUCGUCUGCUGCAAAAUGCAGUCUGUCAUAGCAAACAAUGUACCAGAUAAUCAAGGCAUUGAUGAUGAGGACACACAAUCAUUCAAAACUGUGUCUUUCAAGUUUCAUCGUCUUUUCAAUAUGCCUCCUGAAGAGAAACUGGUCAAUUAUUAUUCAUGCAGCUACUGGAAGGGUCGUAUGCCACGUCAGGGCUGGAUGUAUUUAUCCAUCCAUCACUUGUGCUUCUAUGCCUAUAUUCUUGGUCGUGAAACCAGAUUAGUUAUCAGGUGGACUGAUAUUACGGAACUUGACAAAACAAAUAGUCUGCUUUUCCCAGAUUCAAUUCGAAUUGCAACAAGGGAGAAGGAGUAUUACUUCUCAAUGUUUCUGCACAAAUCGGAGACAUUUGCCCUUAUGGAGCAGCUCACAAAUCUGGCAAUGAAACAGCUAAUUGAUGAAAAAGGGGGAUAUAACGAAGACAGAGAGCUGUUAAAUAAGUUAAGUAAGAAUGUACCAAAGAAGCCAUCAUUCCUGAAGCGUGAUCUUGAUGCUAGAGCUCACUCAGAAGCAUAUCGCUUGACAUUCCGGUUACCAGCUAGUGAGAAACUGGAUGGUAGUAUAGAUGCUACGCUAUGGACACCUUAUAACAAGCGGCAUGUUUGGGGACGCUUGUUUCUCUCCCAAAACUUCAUAUGCUUUAGCAGCAGGGUGAAAGGCUUGGUCAGUCUGGUAUUACCUUUGAAGGAUAUCAGCUUAGUGGAACGAGCAGAAAACCAGGCCUCGAAUCCAGCAGUAAAUAAUUCAGUUCUCAUCACUUCUGCAAACCACACAAGUUUCCUCUUCGCACAAAUUCAAGAUCGUGAUUUUGUUGUGCAAAAAAUCUCGGAGCUUCUUGCCAGGACGAGGCUUGCUGCACCGUCAGUGUACAAUUCAGAAAGUGCUCAUUCACCAACUUCAAGCAGUGGAAGCAUCAGUCAGGGAGAGGAAGCAAAACCAGUUGCUGUUGCGUACUUGCCGGAAUGGAACCCCCAGCCACCAAUGAUGACAUUGUUUAACUGUGAGACUUCGGCAGAAUAUGUUAAACAUCAGAAAGAGAAGUUGCGAAAAUGGGAAACCCAUUUUACGGAAUAUGGAAGAGGCGUAUCUAUGUAUCGAACCAGCGAGUUGGCAAGACUUGUACUAGGUGGUAUACCUGAUGAACUCAGAGCAGAAACGUGGAUGGCUUUUUCAGGUGCUGCAAAUGAAAUGGCAGCUAAUCCUGGUCUUUACAGACUACUUGUAGACCAGUCAUUAGGCAAACCAUCGACUGCAAAUGAUGAGAUAGAGAGAGACUUACAUCGUUCCUUACCUGAACAUCCAGCAUUCCAAUCAGAAGUUGGUAUCUCAGCACUGCGCAGGGUACUUUCUGCAUACGCAUGGAGAAACCCACAGAUUGGUUACUGUCAGGCAAUGAACAUAGUUGCGUCAGUACUUCUGAUUUACUGCUCUGAAGAACAAGCAUUCUGGCAACUUGCAACACUUUGUGAGAGCUUGCUCCCAGACUACUACAACACUCGUGUAGUUGGAGCACUGGUAGACCAAGGUGUUUUGGAUGACCUCACAUUGGAACAUCUACCUAGUCUACAUGCACGGCUUGAUGCACUAGGAAUGAUACGCAUGAUAUCUCUGUCGUGGUUUCUCACCAUUUUCCUCAGUGUGAUGCCAUAUGAAAGUGCUGUCAACAUAAUAGACUGCUUUUUCUAUGAUGGUGCAAAAGUCAUAUUUCAGGUAGCAUUGACUGUGCUUGAAGCCAAUCAGGAGAAGCUACUGUCUUGCCAUGAUGAUGGAGAAGCCAUGCAACUUCUGGGAGAAUAUCUGGAGGGUGUGUAUAAUGAGGAAGGGCAUUCAGUGAGUCGCAACAAGGAUGCGGAACAAGUGAACAAGAGCAUAUCAGUGCAGAGCCUGCUGUAUGACGCCUACACACACUAUGAUACUCUAACUGCUAACAGUAUAGAACGCCUCCGCUUGAAGUAUAGGUUAAGAGUUGUGCAGCAACUGGAGGAUGGCGUUGGUCGUAAUGUAAUCCGUAGUGUUGCAUCAGAGGGUUAUUUCACUACAGAAGAGUUGCAGGAUUUGCUGAUGCUUGUAAGAGAAGAGCUGUUGUCUCAACAGAGAGGGCCAUAUGAACGGUAUGAUCAAACACUGCCUCCAUAUGAGGCAUAUAGAGUGGACCAGGAACUCUUUCGCCUGCUUUUUGUUGGCCUUUCACCGUGGGGCAAAGGACCAGAAGCUCUCAUGGGCAGAAUUUUCAAGCUGCUGGACCACAAUAAUGAUGGACUGUUGAACUUUCGUGAACUGGUGGUUGCAUUGGGUCUCACUUGCACUGCUGACCUCACUCAGCGCCUAAAGCUGCUCUAUAUGGUCCACUUACCCCCAGUCCUCAAUAUAGAGGACAUUGAGAGUCCCACAAACUCUGGUCGUCGAACAGCGACUCGGUCUGUUAUUGCAGAGGGUGGUGCUGAAGUUGCAGCGGAGGCCACAGACUUCUUUGACACAAUGCAGCAGAGUAUCACUUCUUUAGAAUCUGCAGAAGUUGACGACAGCAUGAGCAAUUCUCAAGGGGAGCAGUCACUGUGGGAGGUUCGCAGUCUCAGCAGUUUACGUUCUCUUGUGGAAAAGAAAGAUUCUCGUUCUCAGCUGAAAGCAGUGCCUCGUAUGGGACAACCACACUUCAUUGUUCUGUGGAAGACAAUGUACGGUUUGUUUGAAGCACAGCCAGAGGACCAGGAGGUGUUUCACUGUAUUGCAAGUGUAGGAACACUGCUAUUACAGUUGGGAGAUGUUGGGAAAAAGUUCUAUCUUGAAAGGGAAGAAUCCGUAGAUAGCCUGGCUGAUGCUGCAGCUGCUCACUGGAGCUCACGAAUGGAACAGCCUGGGCCAGCUCUUGUAACUGCAACACCUGAUCGUAACGGAAACCCUGGGGUUAAUGGCAACAGCAAUAGCACUGCUGACCCAUAUUGGUCCAUCAGUAUUGAGCAGUUUCUAGCCACUGUACUAACAGGCCAACCAAUAGUUGAAUUCUUCAGCCAACGGACAUCUUUGGCAGAUGGCAUAAUGCGUCUCCGUGGCCGUCGCUUUAAUAGGCUGCAUAGUCUUACUGUUUAAAUGAGAUAAACAUUGUUUUUGUACAGUGGAACAGCUUUUCUAAGACAGUUGUAGUGGCCUGUGUUAGUGUACAUGUUUUUAUAAAACAAAUAAUUGCAAGUGUAUUUUAUAAUGCUGGUAACAGAAAUUUGUAUAUUUGCUGUAUUGUGGUAGUAUGUUAAGAAAUAGCUGGUAAAAAGACAUUGAAGGCUUCCUUGGCAAACAAGAUGGAUAACUUUCCAUCAUACUGGUAUUUAUUUUUGUAAAACACAGACACACACACACACACACACACACACACACACACACACACACACACACACACACACACACACACAGUUUUGGUCAUUUUGCUGGAAUCAGUUUAUAUUUAUAAAGAUCAUUGUGUGACGUCAGAUUUCAGAUAUUACAAUUAAAGGGCUCCAGGUGGUCCCUUAAAGGUUCAUUAAUGCAGAUAUAAUACAACAUAUUGAGCUCUACUCUUAUGAUUUACAUGUACCUGGAGAAAAUUCAUUUUCCUGGUACAUGCAGUGCUGUUUGAAUUGUGAAUAUUGACUAUUUGAUUUACUGACAAUACUGGUCAUUGUAUAAAAUGCCAGACAUGCAGAAAUUGUAUCAAGUCUCUGUAAAAGUAAAAUGAAAUUUAUAGAAUUGCUAGUAGUUUAAAAGACUGCAGAAACAGUGUCCAGUUUGUCAGGGUGUUAGUUUGCAUUAUUGAUUCUUUAUGGUGAUGUGAUAUUUUAAUUACAUUAAUAGAUCACUCAAAACUGGGAUUCUGUCUUAACUGUAUACUUCCCCUAUGUAACCAUAUGUACACACUAUGUAACUUCAUUUAUAGUAAAUAAAAACAGUUAUGAGAUACACUUAUUAGCAUAAAAGGUGCAGACAUUAGCAUGUACAUUGCUAUAAACAAAAUACCCUUGGUGUGUGGCUUUUUUUUGUGAGAGAUAGUCAUUCCAGUUUCUUUGUCCAGAGAGGCAGACUGUGUAAUAGUAAUUAACUACAGACAAUAAUGCUUCUGUUGAAUUUUUAGCUCUUUAGGCAUAAGGCCCUUAAUGGGCUCCUUCUUUUUUUUUAAAAAAAAUAAAUAAAUUUUCACAUUUUUUGUUCUACUUUCUCUUCAGAAUUCUCAAUAGCAUUUUAUUUUUGUUUCAUAAGCUACUGUUGCACCUUUUGUGACUUCAAGUGGGCUAUUUUUUAUUUUUAUUAUGAAAUUUAAAUUAAUUUCUGUGAUUUAUUGCAUUCAGUUUGUAUAUGUGUAUUAUCAUUCAUGAGUUAUGGUGAAGACUGCAGAGAAACUUAUAUUUAAAUGAUGUCAGUGAUGUUUUUGCUAAAACUUAUGUAAUUAUUGACUGUCCCAUCUGUACAUAACAGCGAUUUAGAAUGGUUUUAAUGUAUGUAUGUAACUUUUCCCUGUAUUGAGCGAUAUGAAAUGAUUAACUUGUUCCAUUAUAAAAAUAUAGAAAUAUAUAGUGUUUGUAAUGAACGAAACACAACUAACAGUCGGUACUUUACAAAUAUUGGAUACAUUUGUUGAAUUGUGAUAUAUUAAUCAAAGUAUUAACUUGUACUCUGCAUUUUAUUUAUUUGAUUUAUGUAUGUAUUCCACUGCUCUCAUGAAAGUUGUAUAUAGUGUAGGAAAAAAUACAUUUCCAUGUUGUUAGUCCCUGACAGUACAGUUUUAUUAGCAAGUGCAUUAAAGAAAAUGCCUCUUGCUAAAAUAGUUCAUUGUGAUUACAGUUUAAACCUCCCAUGUAGUGAGUUUUAUGACCUAAAAACUUGGUAAACACACAUUUAGAAAUAUAUUGUUUUAUCUUUGAAGUUAAACAUAAUUUUUUGCCUCAUAAGCCCUUCAGUUUAUUACAAAUUUUUUACAAUUUUAUUGGCUACAUAAUUUACUCUCGUCAAAAUUUUAGUUCUGUAUGUGUAGAUGCAAAGGUGCUCCUUGAAGUACACUGGCUUCAUUGGAACUGAAGCCUGUGAUAAGUGAAAACUCUUGCUGAAAGCAAAUAACAUAUUUAAUACUGUAAAAAGCAAAUAAACAAUUGUUCUAAAAUAAACUGUUGUUGCCUUUCA